AUGAGGAGUCUCUUUUUCCUCGCAUCUCUAGGCCUUGUGGCCGCGGAGAACGGCUUAGAUGGCUGGUUACGUUAUGCUCCACUGCCAUGUUCGCAUCAAUGCCAAUCCAAGCUCCCUGCUAGCAUCGUGGUGCUCAAUGCGACCGAGACGAGUCCCGUUUAUGUUGCAGGUGCAGAAAUACAGAACGGAUUGAAUCGCAUCUAUGGAUCUCAUGCCAAAAUCAGCCAGAACCAGUGCAAGACAUCUUCCUCUGCCGUUGUCGUCGGCACGGUGGAACAAUAUCGCAAGGCCUGUGGAUCAUCGAAUGAUAUCCCGGAACUGGAAGAAGAUGGUUUCUGGCUCAACACCGAAGGCCAGAAGAUUCGUAUUCUCGGAUCAACUGAGCGCGGUGCACUCUACGGUGCCUUUGAGUAUCUGUCGAUGCUGGCUCAAGGCAACUUCUCUGCAGUCUCUUAUGCCACCAACCCAUCUGCGCCAAUUCGCUGGGUAAACCAGUGGGAUAAUAUGGACGGCAGAAUUGAGCGUGGCUAUGGUGGUCCUUCGAUCUUCUUCAGGAAUGGUGCCAUCGUCGACGACCUGACUCGAGUCAAGCAAUAUGCCCGCUUGCUCGCCUCGAUUCGAAUCAACGCCGUGGUUGUCAACAACGUAAACGCUAACGCUACUUUGCUCACACCCGAGAAUCUCAAGGGUCUUGGCCGAAUCGCGGAUGUCUUUAGACCAUACGGUAUCAAGGUUGGUAUCUCGCUCAAUUUCGCAUCGCCCAAAGACCUUGGUGGGCUCAACACUUUCGAUCCGCUCGACCCAUCAGUCGUCAGUUGGUGGUCCAACAUCACACAGCAGCUAUACCAGAAUGUCCCAGACAUGGCGGGCUACUUGGUCAAGGCAAAUUCGGAAGGACAGCCUGGUCCUCAGGAAUAUAAUCGCACGUUAGCCGAAGGCGCGAACCUCUUUGCCAAGGCACUGCAGCCCUACGGAGGCAUCGUCAUGUUCCGCGCCUUUGUCUACAACCAACUCAAUGAGUCGAACUGGAAGGAAGAUCGCGCCAACGCUGCCGUGGACUUUUUCAAAGAAUUGGAUGGUGAAUUCGAUGAGAAUGUGGUUGUGCAAAUCAAAUACGGACCUAUCGACUUCCAGGUUCGCGAGCCAGCAUCGCCCUUGUUCGCUAAUCUCUUCAACACGAGCACUGCCAUUGAACUUCAGGUCACCCAGGAGUAUCUUGGACAGCAGUCUCAUCUCGUCUAUUUGCCUCCUCUGUGGAAGACUAUCUUAGAUUCUGAUUUGCGGAUAGAUGGGAAGCACUCUCUCGUCCGGGAUGUCUAUACUGGCAAGCACUUCAAGCGAAAGUUGGGUGGUUCGGCCGCUGUUGUCAAUGUUGGUACCAACACGACAUGGUUGGGAAGUCAUCUGUCCAUGUCUAAUCUCUACGCAUACGGUCGACUUGCAUGGAACCCGGCAGAUGAUGCCCAGGAUAUGCUGCAAGACUGGAUUCGUUUGACAUUCGGUCUUGAUCGCCAAGUGCUCAACACGAUCACGAAAAUGUCGAUGCAGUCAUGGCCCGCCUACGAGGGGUACAGUGGAAAUCUGGGAAUUCAAACAUUGACCGAUAUCCUGUACACUCAUUACGGACCCAAUCCAGCCUCCCAGGAUAACAAUGGAUGGGGUCAGUGGACCCGCGCAGACCACACUGGCAUUGGAAUGGAUCGCACUGUGAAGAAUGGUACGGGCUUCUCCGGGCAGUAUCCUGCCGAGGUUGCCGCUUUAUAUGAAAACAUUGACACUACACCGGAAGAUCUUCUACUGUGGUUCCAUCAUGUCGAUUACACCCAUCGCUUGCACUCCGGCAAGACAGUCAUCCAGCACUUCUACGAUGCGCAUUACACAGGCGCAGCGACAGCGCAGACAUUCCCCACGCAGUGGCAAUCACUCAAAGGAAAGAUCGAUGAUGAACGAUUCAAUCACGUCCUUCGUCGACUUGACUAUCAAGCCGGGCAUUCGAUCAUCUGGAGAGACGCUAUCAACACCUUCUACUACAACCUCUCCGGUAUUCCCGACACGGCCAAGCGUGUGGACCAUCACCCGUGGCGCAUCGAGGCAGAGAGUAUGAAGUUGGACGGAUAUAAGACCUACACAGUGAGCCCGUUCGAGGUUUCCUCUGGCUCUGUGGCGAUUGUGACUGCCUCAAAUAGCACUGUGGGCUCUGCGACCACCAGAAUCAACUUUGCUUCCGGAACAUACGAUCUGGCAGUAAACUACUACGACUUCUACGGAGGGCAGUCUCAAUGGCAGGUUUACUUGAAUGACAAGAAAAUUGGUGAAUGGGUGGGCAAUAGUGAGGAUGUUUACAGUCACACCCCUUCUAUCUAUCUGGAUGGCCACUCUGCUAUUCGCGUCACGUUCCGUGGUGUUAAGGUCAAGAAGGGUGAUAUGCUGAAGAUUGUCGGCAAGCCGGAUGGUGUUGAGCCAGCUCCGCUGGACUAUGUGUCUUUUCUGCCCGAUGGAGUAGUCGAUUAA